UAGGGCUGAAAGAACGUUCUUAUUUAACGAUUAUGGGAAAAAUCCUCCAAAUUAUAAGAUUAAUGUUGUGUAGAACGAUCGGCUACCAAUUAUGUAAAUGUCUGUAAAGCUGAAAAAACAGUGCGGAAAUUAUCUCUAUCAAAUUUUUUUAAUCGACGGAAUGUUGUUUCUGCUCUUGUGAAGCAUUACCAAGUAAUCGGAAUAGGAUAGAUUCUGGGAAGAAUUCGAAUUGUUCUAGAGAGGGAGAUUUUCAGGUUCAUAUUCUCAUUCCAUUUCAUCCCUUCCAAUCUUUUGUUAUUAGUUAUGUUCAAUUUUUUCAAAAAAAGUAAAUCGAAAGAUAACAAUUGCUCAACGAGAGGGAACAACAAAAAUAAAAAAGGAAAACAACAAACUGUUGCCUCCAAUUAUCACACGGAUAGCUCGGGAAAAAGUGGUACACAGUUAACAAAAUCAAAAGAAGAGACGAAAAACAAACAAGAAAGAGAGACCAGUAAUGGAGAGCGAGAUGAGGUGUGUGAGAGUUUGAAUUUGGAGAAGAUUACUGGAGAGAAAGUGAUGGGUAAUACUGAGAGUAAAUCUGAGAGCUCGUCUCCAGGGCUUAACACGAUUGGUGGCAACGAACAGGCUGAAUCGAACACGGCCAGGACAGAAUUCUUGCACUUGGAUAAAAAUGCGAAUGGCAUUGUUGGAAAGGCAGAUAGCUUGACAAGCAAUUCAACAAGCUCGCCAACUGUUUCAGAUUUGCUGCGCGGAACCGGUUCCUGGGAAAGUGCGUCGUCCAAUGAGCGGAAAAAGAAGGAGAGUACACCUGACAGCGAUAUAGUUUUCAAGACUGCUCCCAACACGCCUGUACUGUCUCGUGACGACAAUCGUCCUCGACAACUAACUCUGCCAGCUGAGCUUCCAUCUAUUUUCGAGGAUACAAAACUCCCCCAAAUGGAGAAAAAUCUACAAGAAUGUGAUAAUAUACAGGAAGAAACUGAUCAAAAGAUAAUAGGGGACAGUGAUAUUAUGGGUAGAAAAGUACCUGACAGUGACCAAGAAGACAUGAAACCUGAUGCUAAUCCCUCAAACCAUGUGAAACCUGUUCUUCUGAACAUCAAUAAUACAGGUUCAGAUUCUAAGUUCAAGGAAUCCGAUAUUAAGCCAAUUGUAGACGGAGAGAGGUCUUCUAGUGAUUUGAUGAACUUCAAGGUUGAGCCUUCAGUAACUGUAAACGGUGAAAAAGCUACUGGUGAUUUGGAAAGUUAUAGUGACUGUAUGAAAAACGAAAAAUGUUCACCAAUUGACAAUGAACAGAAUGUUGUGAACUCAAAAGAGAAUUCAGAUGAGAAAAUUGUUCCAGAUAUCGAUAGUGCAGCGACAUCCACUCCGGAUGUACGAUCUAUUUGUGAAAUCUCUGAACAAUCUUGUGAAAAAGAAUGUGAGGAUGUAGUGAUUGAAACCCGAAAUUCAGCUUUCUUCAAAAACAAUGAUGAUUUUGAUCCGAAUUCUACUCUUAUAUCGGGAGAGGUGAAGUUCAAUCCCCCACAAGACAGUAAAAGAGUUAUAGUGGAUGAGUACACAAGAAACAUAAAUUCGUGUAGUAGUGCCACUGAUACUGAAAGUCGAGAGACAGAGGAUGAUAAGGAUUCAGAAACCUGUCAUGGUAGGAAAAAGUUUGACACUGCUCUGGAAUUGUCGUCUUCGUCAAAUCCAACAAAUCGAUCUACUAAUCAUAGUAUCAAGUUUGGCAGUAAACUUGAUAUUGGUUCAAGACUUCCCAACUGUGACGAACUUUUAGUGAAGUUGAGUACUGAUUUUCCUGACAAUUCUUCUUCUCAAUCUGAGGACGAAAGUGUUGUUUGCGAGAAGAGUGAGCCAGCUACAAAUGACGAAUCAUCAGUGGAAAACGUGGCUGAUGCUCGAGGAUUAAACUCUGGUCAUGACUCGAUGGGCAAUUCUUGCUUCAGUAACGACUUUGAAGUGUCUGUGUGUAUUUCGAUGGGGAGAAACGAUGGAGCAAAAGUUGAAGAGGAGGUUUCGACUGAAGUAAGCGAUUGUGAAUCAAUUCAAUCUGCUGGUUUAACGGAGUCGGUUUUCAGCGGAGGUAACCGGACAAGUGAAGCGGAAAAGGAACACAGUGAGAGUGCCGCUGGAAAGAUUCGUGAAGUGGAAAACUUGUGUCCCGUCGCCGAGAAUAAUAAUGGAUGUUUGGUAGAUGGAAGCUGCAGUGAGAGCACGAAAGCCGAUCUCCAACCAGCGGGUAUCGAAAAUCUCCCAAAAAUUAUUAUAGAAUCAGUCGAGGAGCAAGAAAACGGAUUUGUAAGACACGAGGAGAAUGAAACGGAAGAGAAUUGUGGAGAGAUUUAUGGGGAUGAAGAAAGCAGCGACGAUGAUGAUGAUAGCGAAGAACCGUUGACGGUUAUGGAGAGAUCCGACUUCUUAGUGGAUAAGGAGAAACCUCUGGAUGGAGAGCAACAAGGAGAGAGUUCGGCUUGCGUGAGAGACACAGCUGCCCAAGUCCAAGCGGUGAUGCUCGAUAGAACAAAGGAGCAUCUUGUCAAUGCAGAGAAACGGGCAGAGAAACAGAUGGCUGAUUUGAAAUCAGAAUUGGAUGACAGUGAGAAGGAAAUGUUCAGGAUGAGAGUCCAAGUUCAAGACUUACAACGGGAAUCAAUCGCUAAAACAGGAGGAAUGGAGAGACUGCAAGCUGAACUUUCUGCUGCUUACAAGGAUUCUGAAUUUGUCAGAAGAAAAUUAAAGAGACUGGAAGAGGAGCUGGCUAGCUUCAAACAAAAAAACUCUGAUCUCACCGAGGAAUUGAGGCAAAAGGCUGAAAUCGAGAACGAGAAUGAUUACUGGAAAGUGAUGGAAUUAGAGAAUGAAGGUAAAGAGCUGACCAGGAGAGUGAAAGAAUUGGAAGCUCUUCUAUCGGCAACCAGGGCAGAGAGAGAUGAGUUGAAAAAGAAAGUUGAUGAGUUAUUAGCUGAGAGCGAGGAGGAAAGAAAAGUAGCUCAAGAGGCUCUUGACGAAGCCAUGGUAGAAAAACUAGCCAUGCAAGAAAAGUAUGAAAGAGAGUUCGAGAAGCUUAGAUCCGCCAACAUCGACAGGGAGCAGAAAAUGUUGGACGAUUUCGAGUGGAAACUGAGAGAAGUGGAGCAGGCGUGUAAGAAGCGGUUGGAUGACAAAGAGCAAACCUCAAAGCAACUAGUCAGAGAAGUCGAGGGAAAAUUAACAGUCGCCGAAGGGAAACUAGCUCAGCUCCCUCAUUUGAAACAAUGCGAACAAGAACUGAAUCAUCUACGAGAACGAAGUAUUGAACAACAGCGAACUUUGCGGACUGCCACUAGACAAUUGGAACAGCUGCAGGACUCCGACAAGCAGCAGCAUGAAGAGAUUCAACAGCUCAAACAACUACUGGAAAAGGAGAAGUCGCAUCUUACGACUGUGCAGAGUAUCCAUUACCGAGAACUGGCCGAGAAAGAUAGAAAACAUCAAUUCAAAUUGGAUCAACAAAAGACUGAGAUAAAUACUGAAUGGGAGGAUAAGAUGAGAAGAGAAACGCAACGAAUAAAAACUGAAUCAGAUCGAAAUCACAGAACGGAAAAGUUACAAGCACUUGAUGAAGCGAAAAGCCAGCAUCAGCACAAACUUAGAGAACUUGAAACUUCCUGGGAAAAGAAGCAUACAGCCUGCGUGAAAGAGAUUGAUAGCUUGAAAACGAAACUUUCCGAAAAAGAAGACUACUAUAUACAGGAGUUUGAAACUAUUCAAACAAAAGCUGACCGAGACAUCUUUGAAUUAAGAAGAAAACUGGAUAAGAUUGACUUAUCUUAUCAGGAGCAAAUAGAGAAGAUACAACAAAAGCAUGAAAAAGAGCUGGUUGAGGUGCGGGAAGACGCAGACAGGAGAAUACAGCAAUGUGAACUGAACGCCCAACACCAGAUUGGUGCAUCUCGCACAACCAUUGAACUCGUCAAAGAGCAAAUGCACCGAGAAUCACAGGAAAAACUGCAACAACUUAGUGAACAUCACCGCAGACAACUUGAGGAGCAGUGGGAGCAAUUGGUGCAGGAGCGUGACGACGCAAUAGCCAUGAUCGAGCAGAAGCACAGAACCAGCAUGGAAAAACUCCGCAACGAACUCGAUUCAAUUUACAAGGGCAGAGAUUCUCGUGAGACUGAGGAAUUAUGUUUGCAGAAUUCUUUUGCAAAUGCAGAAAUCAAUGAUAGUAUUUGGAAUUCCUUGUGGAGUCGUUUAUUAGACACGUUAAACAAUAUGAGGCAGGAGCUCUCAGGAAAAACUACACACAUUGGAAGUUUGGAAUCAAACGUUGAAGAACUUCAGGAGAAUCUGGAGGUGUUGAACUGUGAAGUGAACAACAAAGCACAACAAAUUACUAAAGUCAUGAAGGAAGGAGAAGAGGUAUUAAGCAAUAGCGAGAGCGGUUCUAUGCGGACAGCUAUGACCGUAUUACUACUUCCGUUUCUAUCGUGGCUCGUUUUUAACUCGUACCCGUUCACACUCUUCUCUUUCUUACUAGCGUUGGCCUUGCUGCUAAUCGUCAGCUAAUCGUCAGCUUAUCAACAGUUAAUCGUCAGCUAAUCGCCGAUUUGCUUCACACUCACGGGAGCGACACGCGAGGGAAGUACCUCCUCGAUCACUCUAUUUUUUCUAUUUCUCCUCACAACGUCAAUUUCCUUGUCUGUGAAGUGAUGCAACCCAGUGAAAAGUGAUCAUAGAGACAUCUCUCAGAGUUUUGUGCUUUUUUGUGAAAACUUCAAGCAAGACUCAAAUUGUGUUGUCAUACAUGUGGGAAACGAAUACUUUAUCAUGUAAAACUAUGAAAUGUUGUUCAAAAUUGUCAUCAAACGUAUCAAAUUUGGAUAUUUUUUCCUUUCAAGUGAUUCAAUAUUCUCCUCAAUGAAUAGUGAUAAAUUUCUAUUUUUUUCGCUUUGAUUUGAGACAAAUUCAAACAAGGCUUUCAACUCCCAUAAAAAUUAUGUGAAAAAUAGAUUCACAACUGAGUAAAAUUCCCAGUAUAGCAACAUAUUAUUUUUAUAUACAUUUUUGGAGAAUGGUUUGCUUUUUUCUAAUUAUUUUCGUCUAAUAUCUCCCUUCUCGCCUGUCGCUCUAGAGUGUUGUGUGCUCCUGCUGGCUUCCUUGAAGUUUUCAAUAAUUGAAAAUUAUCGAUUAUUUUCAAUAAUAUUGUUAUCGAGUGCUGUGUCGUGUGAUAAUGGAUUUAAAAUAUGUAAAGUAGAUCUAAUUGAUUGUCUAAUUAUUUUAGUUAUCGUUUGUUUCAAGCUUCAUGCAUGUUGAAUAAGACGGCUAUUGUCUAAUAUAAAUUUUUGUAUUUUGUUUAGCGAAUUAUAAAUGUUUGUAAAAACUGUCAAAAUGUUUACUGUGAUGUAUUGUGAUAAUAUGUCGAGUGAUAUAGUUAUUCUUUUUUAUGUUUGAAAUAAAUGUUUUCCACAAUGAAUUUCGAUAUUAUUUUCCAUCAUUAUUUCAAAAAAUAAUGUUAGGCUAGUUGAGUGUUGAAAUGUUGAAUACAGUGGUUUUCCGAAAUUCGAAUGGCAGUAAUAAUUAACAUUUAUUUUCAUCAAUAAUCUAUUGGAAUAAUAGUUUGAUAAUUUUUCAUGGUUGUGAAAUGAUUGAAGAUGAAAUGAAGAUGGUAUUUAGAAAAAUUAUUAAAUUAAUAGGAUCAAAAUUCAAUUUGCUUUCAUGAUGUCAAUCUAGUUAAUCUCAUGAUUGAAUGAACUCAACUUGGUACUUACCAAGAUUGGUACUUACAAUUGUAUAUUUACAAAACAAUGAUAAUGAAGCUUGUCAAAAUAAUACUUUGAGUGAAAUUUCACGAUUUCAUCCAAUUAUAUUCAAAUACAUUCUUUAAUAAAUCAUAGAAUCAUUUGAGUGUAAAGAAUAAUCGUCAUUGCAAUCUAUAACUUCAUACUCUCAUAAUAAAAGAUUUUUAUAAAACUUGAUGAUUCAAAUCUUGAAAGUGUGUGAAAAUAUAAAAUAUAUACAAUCACUGUAGAUAACACCUGCAAAAGAGGAAUUAUCUCAUGCAAGAUAUAUACUAAUUAUAUAAUUGAAAAUAAUAGAAAGUUUCAGUAUUUUAAAAACUCACUUAUUUUCCCCCUUUCAGUAGAUAUCCUGCAACAUUCUCACUUAAUGCUGGGCUGCACCAUAUUUUCUCUAUUGUUUAACAAACCGAGAUUAAAUGCAAUCUCAAUAAGGUCACAUCCAGUAUACUUAGUUCUAUAUUCACAUUGGUCGUAGUUUAUGCAAUCCAGCAUAAAUUGAAAUUAAACCAAUAUUCAUUUUAACAAAUAUUAUGCUUCUAAUUUUUAAUUUUGAACUUUGUUUUUCUUAGAAAUUUGAAUUGUUUUACGAUGGAACAAUAGCACACUAUGGUAUCUCUUGUUUAUUAAAUACGAUGAUUAGUUAUUCCAUCGACAGAAAGAAACCAAUGAUAAUCUGUCAUUCUCGUGAGUUGUAUUUUCAGUUGAAACCAUGAUGCUGUGAACCUCGAAAAUCAUUAUCCAAGUGUUGAGAUUUUGUGAACAAUCAGAAUAGAAGAAGACAACAUAUUGUGUUAUAAUUCAAGUUGAAACCAUGAUUCUGUGGACAUCGAACAUCAUUAUUGAAGUGUUGACAUUUUGUGAACAAUUCAAAUAGAAUAGGACAACAUAUAUCUAUUGUGUUUUCAAUUCCAAAAUGAAAAUUGGGUAGCCUUCUUUAAAAAUUCAAUGAAGGCUGAUAGAGAAAAAAGUCUAUUUUUUGGAUUAAUAUAAUCCAACUUCUGAAAAUUUUUGAAAUCCAGUUAACCUUUGUCUACCAAGUACUUACUACUUAUCUGAAUAUAACUCGAUAUACAUUAUUUUGCAUUGCAUAAUAAUUAUAUACUUUGUGAUUGU